ACCACCACUACCAGUCCAAUGCAGAUCUUUGUAAAGACGCUGACGGGGAAGACGAUCACGCUCGAGGUCGAGAGCAGCGACUCCAUCGCCGCCCUCAAGACCAAGAUCCAGGACAAGGAAGGUGUGCCCUCAGAGCAGCAGCGCCUGAUCUUUGCCGGGAAGCAGCUGGAGGACGGCAGCACCCUCGCUGACUACAACAUCCAGAAGGAGUCCACGCUUCACCUGGUCCUCCGUCUCCGCGGCGGCGGCAAGGGCGGGACGUACCCGGUGAUUGAGCCCAACCUCCUGCAGCUUGCUCUCAAGUACAUGCAGCACAAGCUCAUCUGCCGCCAGUGCUAUGCACGCCUUCCUCUCAGGGCUUCGAACUGCCGCAAGAAGAAGUGUGGGCACAACGAUGAGCUGAGGAAGAAGAAAAAGCUCGCUUCCAAGACUCCAAAAUAAUGCACUGGAAUGGAAUGUGAGAGUGAUAGGCACCCGCACUGUCUCCUUAGCGGCUUAGUGUCAUAACUUACUAGAAUUUAAGCCUUGUAGUAGCUACCUUGAA